GUUUUAACAAGGUGGCGAUACCCAGAUUUGUUCUCCAGCUAUACCGCUUCCAGGAACGCAUUGGCUGCUGCCUGUGGUUGAAGUCUAGGACAGUGCGCAGGGCGUGCUGACUGCUUGCUGAGGUCUGGCGCCCGCAGCCCCCCCCCCCCCAAAUUGUUCCUGUUGCGAGUCCAGUUCCUGCAUGUUUCCCAAUCUCCUAACAAGAGAAAAUCAUUUUCUGAGACAAAAUACCAAUAGAGUGAAACAAUUAACCGAGUCUACCAAACUAAACCCGAGGCCUACUUUACCUGCAACACUUGGUUGCUUUCUUUUGGUGACUAAUAAUGUGGAGAAGAAAGACGCUGUUCCCUGAUUCUGUGGGGUGUCUCUUCAUUUUGUCGCUUGCUUUUUGCGAAACGCACCAAUUCUUGUCACAGAGACAUGCGUCUCAGUUCCUGACAAGAAGGCGAAGAGCCAACUCUUUAUUUGAAGAAAGCAAGAAAGGGAAUCUGGAGAGGGAGUGUAUCGAGGAGCUGUGCAACAAGGAGGAAGCCAGGGAAGUCUUUGAGAAUGACUUGGAGACCGAGUACUUCUAUCCCAAGUAUGUUGCUUGUCUCAGCUCACACCGCGUGGGAAUAUUAAACAGCCCCUUGUCGCUGAGUUCAGAGGCUCCGGCUACCCUGAGAUCCUGUGUUACGGAUAUCAGCAACCAGUGUUCUCCCCUCCCUUGCAACAGAGGUGGUUAUGAGAAAUGCGUGGAUGGGAAAGGCAGGUAUGAAUGCAUCUGCAAACCUGGAUGGCAUGGAGAAAGAUGUGAAGAAGAUAUAAAUGAAUGCGAGGACCCAGAAGAGCUUGCAACAUGUAGCCAGAAAUGUUCUAAUUAUCCUGGGGGCUUCCGCUGCCUCUGUGAGCCUGGCUACUACCUGCUAACCGACAAGCUGACCUGCACAGAUAUCAAUGAGUGUGUGAUGUACCCGUCCAUCUGUGGCUCUGCCAGCUGUGUCAACACACCUGGAAAUUACAGGUGUGCUUGUGCCAAGGAAGGAUACAGGUACAACUUCACAUCACAGACCUGCGAGGACAUUAAUGAAUGUGAGGAGAAUAUCUGUGAGGAGAGCUGUGUCAACAGCCGUGGAAGCUAUUCCUGCUAUUGCAAUGGGACGAGAGGCAUGAAGCUGGCAAAAGACAUGAAGUCCUGUGAGCCUAUUCCUAUAUGCAUUCCUCUGAAAACAACAAGGAGCUCUGAGAUGCUGUACCUGGGAGAGCAGUUUGUGGCCUUGCCUGUGGUUUAUCUGCGCUUCAGGUUGCCCAAAAUAACUAAAUUUGCAGCAGAAUUUGAUCUCCGAACGUUCGACCCAGAGGGUGUCAUACUGUAUGCUGAGUCAACCCAGAACUCCUCCUGGUUCAUGGUGGGGCUCAGGGAUGGGAAGAUUGAGAUCCAGUAUAAGAAUGAGCGUUCAGUGAAGAUCACCAGUGGCGGGAAAGCCAUUAAUAAUGGCCAAUGGCAUCAUAUCUCCGUGGAGGAGCUGGAGAAAAGCAUCACUGUUAAAAUAGCCACCGAAGCUGUGAUGAGCAUUAGCAGCCCUGAGAGUCUGUUCUGUCCCAUUGAUGGAAUCCUGGAGACUAAGCUUUACAUUGCAGGGUUACCGCGCCCGGUGAACAGCCUUGGUAAAUUGAUUAACCCGCGUCUGGAUGGCUGUAUUCGUGCCUGGAACCUGAUGAACCAGGGGGCUUCUGGAGUGAAGGGAGUCAUUCAAGAGAAGGAGAGAAAGCACUGCUUAGUGGAAGUGGAGAGGGGCUCCUACUUCCCUGGUUCUGGGAUGGCCCAAUUCAGGAUAGACUACAAGAGCAUAGAUGGGAAGAACUGGACACUGAGUUUGAAACUGAACAUUCGUCCAUCAACAAGCACAGGAGUCAUCUUUUCCUUAGGCAGUGAUGAGACUGUGCCACUUUCUGUUGCUGUAGUGGACUCUGAUACCCCAAACGAGCAGGAAAUAGCUGUGUUUAUUGAGAACGUGAAAGUGGCUCGGCUGAAGUCUGUUAGACUUUGUUACCCAGGACAUCUGGAAGUGGAGCUUGAGAUGUCGAGCAGUGGGGUCCAGAUUAAAGCUAGCUCCUUCAGAGAGGUGCACUACAUAGAGCCCCCAAAAAUGGAGAAGCAGCUCUCCAUUGUGGACGCAGCUAUGGAAGGACAGGUGGACACCUAUGUGGGUGGGAUCCCAGAUGUUCCCGUUACUGCCACACCGGUGUCAGCAUUUUAUAAUGGUUGCAUUGAGAUAGAGGUCAAUGGUAAACGGCUGGAUUUCGAUGACGCCGUCAUCAAACACAAUGACAUCAAAUCCCAUUCCUGCCCACCCUUGUAAAGGCAUUUGGUUUGGGCCCAGACUUUUUUUUUUUUUUUUUUUUUAAACUUGUGGUUCAGCUUAGCAUGUUACUCUUGAUAAAAGUGUAUACGCUGGUUCCCAGUGAAAUGUACUGGUUUCUAUAAUACCUAGUACAAGGUACCACAAUAAUAAUGGAUGUCAAAGUAGCCUUCUUUUUUCUUUUUUAUUGAGCCUGGUGAAAGUGCAUCUAAAAUCAAAGACUAGGACAGUACUCAUACAUAUACAUACAUUAAAAAAACAACAACUAUCUGAUAUGUUAUCUGUGUGAUACUGUAUGUAUUGGUCAGCGUUUUAUUAACUGUAUAGACUAUGGGUUUUAAUUAGUGCACUGUUAAAGGAAAGUGUUAUCAAUUAAAACGUGUUAUAAAAAUGUAAGAUCGUGUACUGUAUUGUUUUAGAAUUGAAUUGUGAUGCAGUGUAACAGCUUAUAUUCAUAUUUUAGCCCCCUACCGCUUGAGUGAAUAAGAACCGAAUGUAUUGAGUUACAGUAAUUGUGCAUUGACAUUUAAACUUGGCCUCCGAUCUGUGUGAAAUCUUUUUGUUGUGGAGAAUUAUUAAGACCGUGGAGUAGCUUCCAGAGCAGAGAAGGGCAGUGAGUUUUAAAGGAGCAUGAACAUACAAACAUCGACAGCUUGGUUAUAUUUACAACUUUCAGGAUACUAUUAUUGAAGAAAAUGACACAGGAAAAGUGUUUUUGCAUCAUGGUCUAUAUUUGUAAAAUAAAUAAUUUUUGUAUAAUUUAUUAACAACAAAACAAUACAAAUACAAUAAAAUUAAUAAAACACUAGACUAGCCACUUUUGUUAGCAAGAAGAUUAAACAUAUUUGAUUACCAAAUAUGUAGUGCAGUAUAUUUCUAUUGCUAUAGGCUUAAUUAUCUGUCCUGCCAUGUGGAGUAAUACUUAACUCUAAUAACUGUAAGAGUCUUGUACUGAAAAAAAUAAUACAAAGGGCAUAAAAAUAUGGGCUUACACAAGAUUACUGUCAGCCUGCUUUGAUGUAGCAAUCUCUCCUAGACCUGUAUAGAGACAUGCAGUGUUGAGAGUUAAACCAUAAUACUUCUGAAUGUACCAUGUAUGUGUAAUGAAUUACAUAGAAUUAAUGCUUGCCUGUCAUGCUUGUAAACUGGUAACUUCUCUGUUUUACUGUAUGUCUUUUACACAUUUUCACCUUGUGUGUGUUUAGCACCGUGAUGAUGAUUUGUAACACAAAUGUUUUGAGUUUUUUGUAAAAAAUACAUAAAUAAAUAAAAAUGUAUAUAUAAAAA